AUGAGGAGGGGCCUUCCCUCUUCGGCUCACCCUCCCUCUUCCUGGCCUCCCCCUCUUCGCUACACCCGAGAGGUCGACCCCCGGAUCCACAUGGCGUUGAAUUGCGGCGCCCGCGGCUGCCCAGCCGUGUCUGUUUAUUCGAGCGAGGAGGCGAGCCUCGACGCCGAGCUGGACCAAGCGGUGGCCGCCUUCGUCGCCGACGACGGCAAUGUGCGCGUGUCCAGGAGCUCAGGCGGGCGGGUGGAGGUAGCGUGCACGGAGCUGUUCAAGAUGUACCUGAGUGAUUUCAUCGGCACCGGAGUGAAGCCUGGCAGCAGGCAGAGCUGGGUGGCGAUCGUCGAGUGGAUCCUGAGGUAUGCACAGGGCCCCAAACGCGAGCUCCUGACCGCCUCCAUCGCGCAGGGCGGUGAGAAGGCAAAGUUCGAGUGGCUGCCCUACGACUGGCGUACCAACGGCCCGGACCUCCCUCAGAAGGGCGAAAUCUGGACGCCGACUUGGUGA